AUUUACUCGACGAUGAUUGAUGUCGCACUACAAAGAUCCGCGGUCCGCGUCACCUAUCCUGUGACCGCUUGCUUGCAGCUGCACAACUUGCUACUCUCAGUCCUCGCUCCUCCUGGGCUAGCUGUUUCUCCAUGGACGGCGAUGGCCGCAGCGACUGGGACGCCGGCGGCGAGUGGAUCUGGGUGCGUCGACCGCAGGAAGCGGAAGCUGCGGCUGCGGCGGCGGAGUGGCCGGUGGAGGAGGCGCGGCCUCUGAAGGUGGUGUUCGGGUCCCCAGCGAGGCACUUCACCGAUUCGGCGCCGAUCGGGAACGGUCGUCUCAGCGCCAUUGUCUGGGGCGGCGUCACCUCCGAGAAGCUCCAGCUCAACCAUGAUACAUUAUGGACAGGCGGACCUGGUAAUUAUACAAACCCCCAAGCACCUACUGUUCUUUCUGAAGUAAGGAGCCUUGUUGAUAAGGGACUGUAUCCUGAAGCUACAGCUGUUGCUUAUGGCCUGUCUGAUGACAAGGCGCAGUAUUACCAGCCUCUCGGUGAUAUUGAUCUUGCCUUUGGUGAGCAUAUCAAGUAUACAAAUUAUAAAAGAUACCUUGAUUUGGAAUCUGCAACAGUUAAUGUCACAUACAGUGUUGGGGAAGUAGUGUACUCAAGGGAACACUUCUCCUCAAAUCCACAUCAAGUAAUUGCGUCUAAAAUCUCUGCAAACAAACCAGGAGCUGUCUCCUGUACAGUAUCUUUAGCAACACCACUAGAUCAUCGGAUUCGUGUAACAGAUGCAAAUGAAAUAAUCAUGGAGGGUAGCUGCCCAGGAGAAAGGCCCGCGGGAGAUGACAAUGCAUCUGAUCAUCCUCCGGGAAUGAAAUUUUGUGCUAUUCUCUACCUGCUGAUGAGUGGUGCCAAUGGCCAAGUGCAAGUAUUAAAUGAUAAGAUGCUGAAACUUGAUGGUGCCGACUCAGCAGUUUUGCUCCUUGCAGCUGCAACCUCAUUUGAAGGGCCAUUUGUCAAGCCUUCUGAAUCGACACUUGAUCCAGUGACAUCAGCAUUCACAACAUUAAAUAUGGCUAGGAGCAUGUCAUAUGCGCAGCUAAAAGCUUAUCACAUGGAUGAUUACCAGAGUCUUUUCCAGCGCGUGUCCUUGCAACUUUCACGAGGUUCUAAUGAUGUACUUGGAGGUAGCACUUUGGCUCACUUACCUGAGAAUAUCUCUCAGGAUGCUGAGGUAUGUGAUUGCACUGUACAGAUAGUUGAUGGUUCAAGGUUAAAAGAGCUUAAUAAUUCAGAGAAGCCUACUGUAGACAGAAUUAUAAGUUUUAGACAUGAUGAAGAUCCUUCUCUGGUAGAACUUCUGUUUCAGUUUGGGCGCUAUCUACUCAUUUCUUGUUCGAGGCCUGGAACUCAGGUUUCCAAUUUGCAAGGAAUAUGGAACAACGAGACUAAUGCACCAUGGGGUACAGCUCCCCAUCCAAAUAUAAAUCUACAAAUGAAUUACUGGCCGUCACUUCCUUGCAACCUUAGUGAAUGCCAAGACCCACUAUUCGACUUCAUUGGAUCCCUUUCGGUCAAUGGGGCUAAGACGGCAAAAGUGAAUUACGAAGCUAAUGGCUGGGUUAGUCACCAAGUCACAGACUUGUGGGCAAAAACAUCACCGGAUUAUGGUGAUCCUUCAUUUGCUCUAUGGCCAAUGGGUGGGCCAUGGCUUGCUACACACCUGUGGGAACACUACAGUUUUACGAUGGACAGAGAAUUUUUGGAGAGAACAGCGUAUCCACUUUUGGAAGGAUCUGCCUCCUUUCUGUUGUCCUGGUUGAUUGAAGGCCAAGAAGGCUAUCUGGAGACCAAUCCUUCUACUUCCCCAGAGCAUUAUUUUACUGCUCCGGAUGGCAAGGACGCAUCUGUGAGCUAUUCAACAACUAUGGACAUGUCAAUUAUUAGAGAAGUAUUCUCAGCUGUUCUUUUGUCUGCUGAUAUUUUAGGAAAAUCCAGCACUGAUGUGGUUCAGAGGAUAAAAGCGGCACUACCGAGGCUCCCACCAAUAAAAAUUGGUAGAGAUGGUACAAUCAUGGAAUGGGCACAAGAUUUUAAGGAUCCCGAACCUCAUCACAGGCAUGUAUCUCAUCUGUUUGGUCUUUAUCCUGGACAUACCAUGACACUGGAGCAAACACCUGACCUCUGCAAAGCUGUUGCCAAUACUCUUUAUAAAAGAGGUGAUGAAGGCCCUGGGUGGUCUACUUCAUGGAAGAUGGCCCUGUGGGCUCAUCUUCACAACAGUGAGCAUGCAUACAAAAUGAUUCUACAGCUAAUCACUUUGAGAGAUCCGAAUGACAAGCCUGACAAUAGAGGAGGUCUAUACAGCAAUUUGUUCACGGCGCUUCCACCAUUCCAAAUCGAUGCAAAUUUUGGAUUCCCAGCUGCAUUGUGUGAAAUGCUUGUGCAGAGCACCGGGGGUGAUCUGUACCUGCUCCCUGCUCUGCCCCGCGACAAGUGGCCCCACGGGAGCGUUAAAGGUCUGAGGGCCCGAGGCGGGAUGACGGUCAACAUCUGCUGGGAAGAAGGUACCCUCCAUGAAGCUCUUGUAUGGUCUGGCAGCAGCGGGAACUCGCUUGCGAGGAUCCACUACGGCGAUCGCUCUGCCAUGAUCAGUGCCUCCCCAGGCCAAGUUUACAGGUUCAACUCGGAGUUGAAGUGCUUGAAGACUUGGCUACUGUGAGAAUGUACGUGUGCUGGUUCUGCAAAAUCUGAAGGCAUUAUCUGUUGCAACAAAGUUUACUGAAUUCUCGGUGAGAACAAUAAUGGAGAUAUCCUAAGGCACAGCCUGUUGUGACAAAAUUUACUGGAUUCUCGGUGAGAACAAUAAUGGAGCUAUCCUAAGGCACAAUCUGGUGUGACAAAAUUUACUGAAUUCUCAGUGAGAACAAUAAUGGUACUAAAUUCUCAGUGUGAACAAUAAUGGAGCCAUCUCAUUAAA